GUGAUGCAUUUUUUUCGAUUUAAACGUAACAAAAGUAUUACCAAUAGUAAUUUUUGGGUGAUAUUGGCAUUCAUUGCCCUGCUAAAUGGUAUUAGUCUGAAAUUGGAAGCAUUUGCUAAGGGAGCCAUACCGGAUGACCAUCCAAACAAUCCUGAUGUCCAGCAGCAAUCCCAACCACAGGACGUCAAGUGUCCUUACAUGUUAAAACGAAUAUUCGAUGGAUAUGCUCCAAUUGGAGGUCGUGAAGCCGGUAACUAUACUGAAUAUACCGAAGCAAGUUCACUGAAACCUUGUGUUCACCAAUGUUGCGCUAAGGGUGAUGGUUGUAACACAGCAUUCAUGUUCAACAAAACUUGUUACCAUGUGCGCUGCUUAAGCAAUGAACUGUGCCUGCCAGCGAAGAAAAAGAACCUUUCUACACCGUUGCAGAUGGUGCUAGUUAAUCCUUUGGCUACUGCAGGAGACAGCACAGCCGACAGCUGGUGGGAAAUACUAAAAAAUGCCAACGCACAAGAAACCCGACUUAUGGAACCUAGUGAUAGCAGUAUGGUGGCUGAAGGAGAUAAUAUCUUAAAAAAAUUGAAAGACAUCUACAAUUUGGAGCGCAAUCGUGAAGAUUUAGUUGACGGGGUUUAUAAUAUUCCUCUGAAACAGUUUGAAGAUUACGAUUUCGGGAAAUAUUCAAAGAAUUACCUUAAUGAUCAAUACGAUGAUAUGCUUAUGGAUGAAACAAAGCUUUAUCCGGAAGAUAAGGCACUGUCAACUAUCACAUGCGAGGUUGGAAAUGAUAGUACUUGUCCUAAAAAUGAGAUAUGUGUUCGACUGACUAACUCCGUCACAGCAUUAUGUGUGUGCCCGGAACAUUUUGAGAGAAAUAGUAAAAAUGCUUGCCUCAAAACCAAGCAAAUCGUUCCUCAAACGUUGACGGCUCAGAAACUUAUCAUGAAUAACAUACACAGUGAAGCCGGAGAAAUAGAUGAAGGCAACCAGGAGCCAAAGAAACUAAUGGUAUCGGUCGUCUCGAAAGACGUUCGGCUACCAGACAACGAAGCUUUUCUGUCAGCUUAUGUUAUUCCCGACGAAGCCACCAGCGGAGACAAAUAUUCCUACUCAUGGUCUUUGAUUUCGCAGCCAACCAAAGGGGAUAGUAACGCCACAAUCACUGAUCAAACUAAACCACAAGCUAAGCUAUCGAAGCUUACAGCAGGUCUAUAUAGAUUCAAAGUAACUGUUACUGGUCAGAACGGUUGGUACGGUGAAGCCUAUCCGAACAUUACAGUCUUACCAGAACAAAAGAUUAACAAAGCACCUGAAGUUAGUAUAACACCUGCCGAACAAACUGUCAAACUUCCUAAUCAGGAAGCAAUCCUUGACGGUAGUGCUUCUAAAGAUGAUGAUAAAAUCGUAUCCUGGAAAUGGGAGCUUGUUCAGGGUCCCUUAGGCUACCAAGCGGAACUACCGGCAGUCGCAACCUUACAAUUGAAAAAUCUUACCAUUCCUGGUAAAUACACUUUUAAGCUAACAGUUAUCGACAUAGAAAACCUAUCCAACAGCACCACAGCUACUAUAGAAGUGCUAAAAGAGAUUGACUAUCCACCCGAAGCCAAUGCUGGACAAAACGUUAUCCUCUAUCUACCGAACAACAAUGUGACACUUAAUGGAUCAUUAAGUAAAGACGAUCAUGAAAUUGUGGCUUGGGAGUGGACCAAAGCUAGUACUGAUCAAUCCAAAGCAGUCGACAUGCAAAACACAAGAACACCCUAUCUUCAACUAUCCAAUUUGGAAGAAGGUGUAUACGCCUUCGAGCUAAAGGUAACGGAUGCUAAGAACCAAAGCAGUACUUCUACCGUUCACGUCUUUGUUAAAAUGCCAACCAAUAUGCCACCGGUUGCAAAUGCCGGGACCAAUAGCACUGUUGUUUUGCCUCAAAAUUGGGCUAUACUGAAUGGAACUGGAUCUAAAGAUGACAUAAAGGUGACUAGUUGGAACUGGCGACAAAUAAGUGGGCCUAGCACAGCUGUGAUUCUUGAUGGAAAUAGUUCGUUGGCCAAUGCUACUUCCCUGACAAUUGGAGAAUAUAUAUUUGAAUUAGCCGUUGGAGACGAAGCUAACAACAACGCUAGCGAUCGUGUAAAAAUUACUGUGGUACAGGAACGCAAUACAGCCCCUGUUGCAAAUGGUGGGGGAGAUCAAAGUAUUACAUUGCCUACCAAUGCUAUCGUGCUAAAUGGCACCCGUUCGUAUGAUGAUUUGGGCAUUGCCAACUAUAGCUGGACACGAGAAGCGGGCAGUUUAGCCAUUGGAACUAUUGUAGAUGAUAGUGACCAUAAGCCCGUGUUAAUACUGACAAACAUUGUCCCAGGACGGUACGUGUUCAAACUAACGGUUACCGAUGGUCAGGGUUUGUCCGGAAUCGAUACCGUGAGUGUCAUUGUUCAUCCAGACCCACUCGUAAUGAAUUUGGUUGAGCUGACUUUGACAAUGGAAGCAAUCGUAUUGACCCAACCAGAAUUACACUCAUUGCAACAGAAGCUUGUUCUUUUGAUAGGAGACAAUACUGCACAGUUGCAUAUACGCGAGCUAAAGAUCGAGCAUAGAACCGGCCAAGUUGUUAUCGUAUUUUACGUUCAGAAAAAUGAGGGCAAAGAAAAUGCGGAAAUAAUGCCCGCACUAGAAGUCGAGAAAAUCCUCAAGGAAAAAUUUUGGCGAGAUUAUACCAUACUGGGAACUUCAGUAGCGGAAAUCCGUACAACAAUCUGCCAGAAUUCGUGCUCUGGACACGGAGUUUGUAAUGCCGAAACCAGAGAUUGCAUGUGCCAGAGUUUCUGGAUGCCUGACAUUUUCUUUUUCUGGGGUGUUGCAGAGGCAAAUUGCGAUUGGUCGAUUCUUUACGUCAUAAUCGGGGUAUUCAUUAUGUUCCUAAUAUUGUCUGGUAUUUGCUGGGGCAUAACAUGUCUCUGCCGAAGACCGGCAAAACCUCGUGCGAGAAGCAAAACACAGAAAUAUUCGCUGCUGGGAACACAUGAGGAUGAGUUGCCGUCGUUCAACCGCACCGGAACAGCGCUAUCAGAUUCCGAAACAGAUUCGGAUGUCUUGUUCGAGAGCCGUUCGAAACAUAACGGUGUCCCGGGACGUGUCACCAGCGGUUUGCCCAACGGAGAUGUCCGAAACGGUCACGCAAAGUACAGCACCACUCGCCUUGGUCGACGGAUCAAAACCUAGACUUGUACUGCGCACACACGUUACUUACGUUACGGUAAAUGAAACUCUUCUUGCCUCUAUUGGCACAAACGCGCUUUUGAGAAAGAACGACCGACUGUACCAGCUGAAGGGAAACCGCAACUUUCCCGAGAACAUGAUGCAGGAGUAAUGAUACAAAAGGCAUUUUAAACAUUACUUUUGAGUUAAGUGAGGCUAAUGUUUCUUUUGUUCCUUUAGCUUACAUAUAGUGAGGAAAACUGAGAAAAAAAUUUAACAUCGUAUGAAAAUUGUAUUAGUUUUUCAGUGUAUAAGAUACAAAAUGUGAUUUAUAGCAGCCAUCGAGUAAAAGUUAAACAGGUACUUAUUAUUAUUAUUAUUAUUAUUAUUAACUAGAAGUUGUCGAUGCAACUUCACAAAAACUGCAUUCCCAUCAUUCUUAUCACAUAAUCACAUAAAAGCCAGUAAUGCAUUUCAACAUUCACUUUUAAAUAAUUGAUGUUGCACAUUUUAGUAUGCGUUUUCUGUUUUAGUAUUGCAAAACAUGUUACUGAAACUGUAUGUGAUAAACUAGUAGGAUAUUGAUAUCAGUUAUACCAAUACUUUGCAAAGAAUGAUUUAAACCCCCUAUUUUAUGUACCUAGUUGUAACGAAAGCCUAUUCUAGUCCGAUAACACUUUGUUAGGUGGUAUUAUUAACUACAAAUAUAUUUACGUACGCCACAAUCAUAUAGUUUGCAAUGAAUCCUUUAACGCGGAAAUACGGUUGGCUUUGUAUGCUCGCGCUCUGUAUGUAUAUUUGUUCGCAGUGAUUUAAACCAUUUUCCACUAUUCAGUGAACGAAGUAGGUUACGAGGUCAAAAAAGUAAAACAGAGAAAACACGUUUAGUAUUAUAAAAAAAAGUUCUAACAAACUGAAGGAUAAUAACGUAUUUUUAAAAAUGGUACACCACAAAUAUAAAAUG